CUGAGAUGGAGAAAUGCUAAUUGACCAUACUACCCUUCUUCGUUCUCUAGCCACUUCCCUGAAAAUUGAAAAACCCUUUCGGAAAUGAUGGGGGCACCAUACUAAACCCUUCUGCUUCCAGACCAGUCCUCCGUCCAUGGCUGCUGCCGUAACCAGCCGAAGCACAACGGACGCAAUUAGCGAAAGCUCAAAAAUUUACCGGCAGACAUGAAAUUCGGACAAACCCCAUCAAAAUCCCAGGUAAGAAACGAAACCAAAUAGUUCGAUAUUCGUUAUGACUGUGCAUAAGAGCUUGCCUUUUUGAGUUUAUGUAGCUAGUAUCACUUCAAUUGAUUUGAUCAUGACCCGUUUUCACAAAGUCAAAACCGCUGCUGCUCUCAAAUGGGCAUCUUCGAAUCUUGUUGAAAACCCCAAAAAAUACCCAUUUUGGCAAAUGGGGUCAUCCCACAUUGCAGGCAAUCCUAGAUGCUAUGGAACAAAGGGAACUAGUGUUUGCCGCUUCUCUCGUGCUGCUCGUAGGGAGGCUAGGGCAGCAUUCUUUGAGUAUUUGUAUUGUACUAGAGCCUUACAGUUUAGGGAUGCAGAGAAUAUGAGCAAAAACUCGCCUCAUUUUUUUGAAAAGCUGUUGGAGAAGGUUGAAGAUGAGAGUGAUGUAGGGACGUCUAUUUCACGGUUUUUGCGUUACCAUCCCAUUAAUGAAUUUGAACCUUUCUUUGAGAGCUUGGGAUUGAAACCCUGUGAGUUUGGAUCUCUACUACCCCAGGAUAGGUUGUUUCUUAGUGAUGAUAGCUUGUUGUUGGAGAAUUAUCAGUUGUUGUGUAAUUAUGGUAUUGAACGGAAUAAGAUAGGAAAGAUUUAUAAGGAAGCAAUUCAAGUUUUUCAGUAUGAGCCUGGAGUUCUGCCUUCAAAGCUUGAAGCUUAUGAAGAACUGGGGCUAGGCCAUUCUUUCAUGAAAAAGGUUAUUGUCUGCAGUCCCAAGAUUUUGAUUGGGGAUGUAGAUAGGGAUUUUGUUGAAGUAUUGCAGACUCUAAUGGACUUGGGAUUUGAAUAUAGUUGGAUUGAGGAGCAUUUGUUGGAGCAGAAUUCUUAUAACUGGAGCAUAAUUCUUCAGGUUCUGAGCUUAUUUAGCAAGGUUGGUUGUGGCAGAGGGAAGUUAUAUGGGUUAAUAAGCAACCAACCGGGGCUUAUCUUUGAGGAUUCAGGGUAUAAGACACUUUCUUUUGUUGGGUUCCUAGUGAAAUUUGGAUCCACAGUGGACCAGUUACGUUCUAUAUUUCAGGAGUUUCCACAAAUCCAAGUAGGGCAAUUUGUUUUAAAUUUGAAAAGGUGUGUUCUAUUUCUAAAUGAGAUUGACAUGGAAGCAAAUGAGGUUGGAAAAAUUGUGUGUACACACUUCUUGAUGCUUGGUACUUCUAUGUUGAUGAGAACUAAUUCUUUACAUACAUACUUGAAUGUUGGGAAAAAGCGGCUUCGUAAAUACAUCCAGGAGAACCCACAAGAAUUGAGUAAAUGGGUUCUGGGAGCAAAACUUGAGCCAUUUCCAGAACCAGAAGAGGGUGGGAAAAGGCAGUCUAAAAUGUUGAAGACCAAGUUCUUGCUGGACUUGGGAUAUAGAGAGGACCCAGAGAAAAUGAAGAAAGCAAGCAAGGUUUUCCGAGGCAGAGGAGCAGAGCUUCAAGAGAGAUAUGAUUGCCUUGUGAAUGCUGGUUUGGAUAAGAAAGAUGUUACCGAAAUGGUCAGAGUAUCCCCUCAGAUUCUAAAUCAAUCAAAAGAAGUCCUUCAGAGGAAGAUUGAUUUUCUUGUAAAUGAGUUAGGUUAUUCUGUAACUACUUUAGCAUCAUUCCCUUCAUAUCUUGCCUAUACACCGCAGAGGGUCAAGCUCAGAUUGUCAAUGUACGAUUGGCUGAAAGAUGAAGGGAAAGAAGAACCUUCAAAGGCCUUGAGCACUAUAGUCGCAUGCUCAGGCAAAGAUUUCAUGAAGCAAUAUGUAAAUAGUCAUCCUAGAGGUCCUCAAGUUUGGCAGGACUUAAAGGAACAAAUUUGCUCUGAGAAUUAGUACAUUUCCCUAUUUGUUGUAUUGUUGUGGCUUCUGCCUUGCAUGUUGUCACCAAGAUGGUAAUUUACAUAGUAAAUCCCCUCUUCUUACCAUUUUUUUUCCUUUUUUUUUUCUUAUAAGACAAAGCAAGUAGUUUAACCUUGUGAGGAAAGGGGUGAGAAGUGGGGUU